GAGGUAAUAUGACACCCUGGGCAAUUCUCGCUUGUUAAGAGACAACAUGUGAGGUAUGUUAUAUUACAUUAUUUUGUAGACAUCGCCUAAACCGAACAUAAGGACUUGACUGAAAGCCACACAGCUAAUCACCACACAAUGAAGAUACGUGACUUCCUACCAACACCUUUCCAGAAAAGACUUCUAUUUUAAGGUGCUGUAACGUAACCCCCCUGUCACAGGGCACAAUUUACGUGUGGUUGGACAUAGCAACUCUAUUUAUACAGCAGAAGUACUCAGUGUAUGACUGGGGGUCCAGAGGCCAUCCAGAUUAUGGCUGCAGGAGAACCCUACGUGCUCUAAGGUGCUAGAACUUGUGGGAGAGGAGAACCACAAUCCCAGAGACAGUUUUUACAGAUGCUGGUGGGAUUAAUGUAUGCCCCCUCAUUAUGGACGAAUUUGACUACAGCGUACAUAUCUCCGAGCUUGACUGGGAUUCCUUUUUCCAUGAGUGUGAGGAGUGUGACCUUCUGUCACCAGCAAUGGCCAGUUCCGAGGCAUCAGGUGGGAGCGAUGCUGACGAUGCUGAUAGCUGUCCCUCAGAUGCGGACACUGAUGCUGACUGCACCAUUGACGGCCCCCCAGACUGUGAGGGGUUACUGGUGGAAAAUUAUAUCAGCAUGGGUGACCCCAGGGGUCCUGAGGACCUCCUUUCCAGCAGUGAAGAGGACAGGCCUCUGGAGGCGGUAAACAGAUUCUUUGAGAGGCUAAGAAGUUUGGCAGAUCCUGAGGAGCAUUUCACAUGCAGACCUGCUGCAGAAGCCACUGGAAGUGGGGAGAAACUGGCUGGCUUCACAGAGAAAUAUCAUGACUGUGUUGCACCAAAGGGACCCUUGAAGUCGCAGAAGGACACUAAUCAGAGCACAGAACGCAGCACGCCAUUCUCAGAGGACACAUCCUCAGCUGGUGGUGAGAGUGAUUCGGAGGCCCACGCCAGCGAGUCCAUUCGUUUUCCAGUGGAGCUGCUGAUCAAUGGGAAGAAGGCACUGAUGAGGGAGACUGAUGGAGAGAGUCAGCUGACAACUAAAAAUAAACUCCCCAAUAGUAACAAAGUGACUGAAUAUGUUAACGUACCAACUGAGGGACAAUCGUUUAGCUCCAUGCCAGCUACCCACUUAUGUUUAGAAGGCCAAGAAAAAACAAGUCAGAGGGAACAAGAUGUAAAGGACACACAAUUAAGCAGUGAGUGGCCCAGUUUGAGUUCACCCAACUCAGAGGAAGGUCAACGGCAUAUUGCAAUGGACGCCAGCAGUUUACAAUCCGAAAACAUACUGCUUGAAAACAAAAACACAAAGACCGUAGGUAACACCACCAGUAAACACACAGACUGUGACAUUUAUAUAUCUUGUGCAGGUAGGAAUUCCACAAAUCAUGAACCAGGGAUCAUAGUGUCUAGUGAUGGUGUGGCUUCACCCAUAGAUGAAAACCACAGUGUUCCUAAGCUACCAUUACCUGAGGACAAGUCAGUAUAUCACUCACAUAUUCAUCCAGCAUUUCAGAACAAUAUCCAAGACGGUGAGGAAGAGAGACAUAGACCUGAUUUACAGAUGCAUUCAUGGGAAGACAGCAGCGUUAUCAAAGAAACCAUGCAGGGUGAGGCACUGCAGGAUAAGUUGCAAAUAAACACAUUGAAAAAAUGCGAUGCCAGUGAAUGCAGGGAAGCUGAGAACACAGAGGAAUUCAGCUGUCUGGAUAAAGGCAGAGGGAGUCCAAAGGUUGGCAAAACACACUAUUUACCGAUGAAUACUCAAGAUACCAGCAAGUUUGACGAAGGAGGUCUGAUAAGCAGGACAUUUUCUUCAGACCAGAUCAAUUUGGAAAUUAUACAGGAUACAGACUAUCCUUCGUCUCAGAAUGGCACAUAUGCAGUCAAACUAAGAAGGGACAGCUUGUCUGUAUCCAAACAAACACAAGUCCAUGUAGACCAGAAAGAAACAGAAAUUGAACAAAAUCUACAGAUAUAUUCACAGGACAUGAAUCCCAGCACAGUGAGUGGAGACAGUCCAGCAGCUGGACAGGAAAGUCCACCAAGCAACUAUGAUGUAAAAAUAAAGUGUGACGUAGGGAUUCAUCACAGAGAUGAUAUCGAGAGUCUCCAAAUUAGUACACACUACAAUGUACCUGUUUCAGAAAAUACCUCACUAUUAAUUGGUAAUAGAUUUUUUCCUGAAUCUGGAGAACGGUUGAAUUUUCCUCAAACAGAAAGCAAGCAAAGCGCAGAUGGUCAAACUGAUGCAGAGACAACAGUAUCAAGUAUUUUUUGCAAAUCUGAUUUAUCCACAAGUCCACGUGAAAGCUUAGACAAUAUUAAGGGGUCAGAAAUUAAAAAUGUUCCUUGUGCACAUCUGGAUCCAUAUGGCAGCAUAACCAUUCAGAGACACACCCAUGAAAUUACAGCUGCUACUGAUGAGCUCAGCAAUGAAAUCCGUGAACAUAAUCCAGUUUAUGCGGGCUCAGAUUCAUACACAAGUUCAGGUGACCUAAAAAAGACAUCAGAUGAGAAGAGUGUCCCACGUGUACUUCCUGAUAUCGAAAGCAGCAAAUACGUUCAAACGGACACCAAUGAACAUAUGGGUCUAGGUGAUAUGUCUGACUUUAGUACUGAAAGCAGUAAUCAUAUUCAGGCCCACACAUAUAAAGGAAUAUCUCUUACUGACAACUCUGAACUCAAUACUGACAGUAGCCCGGAAGUGCAGUUUUCAGAAACAGGGGCAGAACCUGGACCAGUCGUUCAUGAACAAAGGGAAUCCACACGCCCUGUCUAUGCUAUCUCUUCCUUCUGGGACGAGAUGGAGAAGCUAACAAUCAAUGAUAUCCUGCAUCUGAAAUUGGUAAGUAACGCCCAGCACUCCAGCAUAUCCUCUCACAUGAGGGGCAGCACUGUGAUGAAACCUGUGGACUCCGGCAUAUUCACUCAGCCGGGGGAUUACAAGCCUGAGAGCUCCAGUGGGGAUAUCUCCAGCAUUUCAGAUAUGGAGGAAGAGUUGCCCCUUGCUCACAAUGUCAGAGCAACUUCCAGUCCAGCACUAAGAGACUUUGUGGACCAGGGUCAGAAUACACAGGGAGUUUUGUGGGACAGUGAGCCAGAGCCCAUAAGUAUAAGGCCUGACAUGGGCUUAGAAGAUGAAAUGUGGACACAAUCUUAUAAAACUGGCUAUGAGCACCUGAACUUCAACAGUACUCAGCGGUGCCUUAGAAAAAUCUGCAAAAACAUAAGCGUGCAAAACCUCCAAGCCCUGGAAGUUGAGCCAGGUGUAGGACUUGGGCUGAAAGCUGCUUGUCAGUAUGAUUCUCUCGUGGAGGAUGCUGUACCAGUUUCCAGUGUAAGCUCUAUCCCUACCGCUAUGGAAAGCCACAAGGAUUCUUCACGUCCACCUUUAUUCUGCAGGGGAUUAUUCACAGACAACAAUAUCUCUUUUCCAGAAAUAUUUGAGUAUUUCUUCAACGAAGAGGAAACUGAGACCACACAGCUAGACAACAAAGAGUCAAGCAGCCCCCCCAGUCAUGGAAAUUCAGUACCUGAGACAUAUGAUUAUUUCUUUUCAGACUUUGAGACCGGUAAUUUUUUCCUUCCGCUGAUCGAAAGAGAUAAUUGCCAAAAUGAACCUGUCCCUAUUUUCGCCCAAUCACGGUCCAGUAAACGAAGACUCCGAUUUUCUACAGAGUAUGAUUUUCACUCCCCAGAUGACUCCCCUGUCAUGUCUGAUGAUGAUGAUUUUGAAACAGCCCCAGUGCGAGUCGUGACACACUCUGACCACAGUGGUUUUAAGACUGGGAACACUGCUACGUCAGUUGACAUAUAUGAGGAAUUUUUUGAAGACACCACCUGGACUGAAGACCUGUUCUGGAGAAACCCAUUCUCACUAAGACGAUUGAGCCUCCCAGGACUGACCGGUACAAAGGAAAAUCCCAGCUCCUGGUCCCUCAGAACCACUGAGUGCAAUGAGAAAAGCCCCCCCAGGACGCCAAAACAGCAGGCUUACAGUCACAGCUUAGCACACACCUACCACCUGGAAUCCUGGGUCUUUAGACAGAUGAUAGAACUUCAGGAGCAGCACGUAAAUCUUAUCACAACACUCACUGACCCAAGAAGGGACAGCCGCUUCCUGCCUCUUAGGCAGUCGGACUUGUGCAUGAUCUGCAUUGCCUUCGCCUCCUGGGUCCUAAGGUCUGCCAGCCCUCAGGCAGGUGACACUUGGAAAGCUGCUCUCCUAGCUAACAUCAGUGCACUGUCUGCAAUACGCUACCUGCGAAGGAGCAUCAGGAACAAAGCAGCUCUGGAGGGACCAUGAUGCUGGUCAGAAAUGUCCUCCAGGGAACCCCCUAUUAUUGUUUGUGUGUCGAUUAUGAAGUGAGUAUAUAUAUUCAGCUAAAUUUCUGUCAAUAUAUUUAUUUAAUACAUGGAUAUUUAAAGCGCCUUGAUGUCCAAUUUAAAACCAAAGGGAUCAGCUGAAUAAUGAGCCACUGAUGUACUGCUUUCUCAUUGCAUUACUUUAGCUCUCUCCAGUUGUGCUGGCUGGAUGGGGGUGUCUGUAUUGCUCAUUUAGCAUUUACUCAUAUAGGUAACUUUUCACAAAUGGGAGAAAUUUAAUUGCUGGCCUAAUUUGGUGAAUAACACAAGCAGCUAGUUUCAUAUUAUUGGUACAAAGUCAUACUGUAUUUACGUUAAAGUGACCAAAACCAAUGAGUAAUUGAGAAAGUGAGGCAGAAACAUUUCUCUUUUCUGUAUGUCAAAUACAGAAAAGAGAUAAUACAGAAAAAUCAUUGCAAAUUGCGUUCGGUGUCAGCCUAUGAUAUACAUACUCAGUGACAAAAAAGUUAAGCACCCAGACAGAGCGGUGGAAAUGAAAUGAAUCUGCAUGUGGUGAAAGGUCAUGUGACUGUAUCGCGAUAGUUAUAAUAUCGGAUCAAAUGAAAAACAGAGUUGGCAGUGUGUGCACACUUCUGGUGCCAAGUCAGUGGGGUGUGGCACUGCUGUAGAGAGUCCAGUACCUGUGUCCGGAUGGCAGACGCAGAUGUCAUGGGGUUCUGUAAUGCUGGACGCACGAUAUGACAAUCCUCCCUUGGUGUGGUCUGUCUUGGGCAACCAGAACCUUCACGAUGUGUGUGGUUGCCAUCACAUGCCCAUUGGUUCCAACAUCGGGCAAUAUGCACGUGUACCAAAUUACAUGCAAAUUGGACCGUUAAUUCUGGGUGCUGAACUUUUUUUGUCACUGAGUGUAGAUGGGUCCAAUUAAAUGAAUGCAGGGUAUCCUGUAACGGACUGGCAUUCUCUGAUGGUAUUCUGAUCGGCUCCAGGCUCGGUACAACCAUCUACUGGGUUUGUGGUUGUAAGACAAAUUUUUUGGUAUCAAAAGUACAUUCAUUUUUACAUUUAUAAAUUGAUAACCUAAAUAUGAUAAUGUCAAUUAUUUUGAAAGUAGAAAAAUUUACAUAAGGUGUCAUUGCAGAACUCCAAAUUGAAUGAAUUGAAUGAAGUAAAAUCUGAAUGUUGAGGAGAUGGUUAAGAAAUCGUUUUACUGUGAAAAAACAGAGCUUUUUGUCUGAUAUAUAGCUGGUCAUGCUACCUGCUUGGUGUUGGAGAAAUGGAAAAAAAAAUACAGCAAAACAAAACGUGGCUUUUUAAUCGCUUCCAUUUUGCUCCGACUUAACCACUUGAACAUGUCAUGUUGUAAUUAUGAUUUUCCAGCUUCCUAGUCGGAUCUUCCGAGUAGGACUUCAAUGCAGCAUAAGUGACAAUGUUGCCAGUCGGAGACAAAUUGUGGGGCAUUUUAAGCCUCCACCACUUGCAUAUCCUCACUUGGAAGAUACUCAAAUUGAACUGCAAAUGCCUCAAAAACGCGUACUACGAGAUGUACAAAUGAGGAGGAACAGUUUCUAGUAGCCUAAUUAAAGAUUUUUUGGCUUACAUUUUUUCAUGUGUAUUUACUAGUUAAAAAAUAUUAAUACUAUAUAAUGUAUAGAUAUAUUAUGUAUAUUUAUUUUAUUAAGAUAUUAAAGUAAAAAGAGCUCUUGUAUGGGAAUAUGUAUUGGUAUUGAUUGUGCAUUGGAAUCAGAUCGGAACUGAAAAAAUGUGGAUCGGCCCAUCCCUAUAUGUACAUAUAUUUAUAUACAGUAUCAUUCAAAAUAAGUAUUUUUUGAUAAAUUGUGUAUUGCUUCAUUCUGAUUUAUCUUCUGUAAUUCCUCUGUAAUUAUUUAAUUCUUCAUUCUUCAGCAAACCAAAACACGCCUGUGGCCUGUACUACGAAGCAUGCAGGGUUACUGGCUUAUCGGGGGAACUUGUCAGAUUUAAGCCAGUAACCCCACUUCGUAGUACAGGCCCCAGGUACUCAAACUUUUGACUGUUAAAUCAUGCAUCUUUAUAUGUAAUACUCCUCUCAUAAAUUUCAAUGAUGUCAUAACAACUGUUGCAUAACAGGAUAAUAUUUGCAAAACAGUGGGACUAAAAGAAUAAUAUGAACACAUUUGACGUGCUUACCAAAUUGCAGUUGUUUUUUUACAGUCUUAAUUGCUUUGGCACAUUUCAUGAAACAAAUUUAAUGUAAUUCAGGCAGUACUGAAUGAAGCACAUUACCUGCAUUGUGAGGGAGCGUCAGUUACGGCAUUUCGGCCAUGUGGAGCAACUCCCUGAGGGUGAUCCGGCUCGCAGGAUCCUCAUUGCUGAGGACCCCAGCAGUUGGACCAGGCCAAGGGGAUGCUCAGGUAACACAUGGCCAAUUCUGGAGGGUGGGACUGUACCAUGUGUUGGCCUGGGGGGUUGCCAACUGGGAUCUCAAGGUGUUUCGUGGUGUGUGCUCCCCAAACUCACCGACUUAUAAUUCUCACAACUGUAAGUGCAUCACAUUUUUUUUAAUUGUUAACACACAUUUUUGAAAAAGGGCUCAUUUUUUCAAAACACUUAACACAAUUCACAAAAUCACCCACCCAAAGACACCUCAUAUAUCCUGCCAAACAAAUCACUCUUCAAAUUACAUAAACACUUAGUAAAAUCAAAUAUCAUAAUUGUGGGAUGUAGUUGUGUAUGUAGAGACUUCUGCUGGGACAGAUUGAUCAAAUCAAAAGAAAUAUGUGCAGAAACCAGAAAUAUACUGUUGAAACAAAAACAUUCCAUUUUCCCUCAUAACAAAUCUGCACAACACAUGAACGGCACAUAUAAUGUACAAGAGUGUAAAGCAAAAAUGUGCAGUCUAUGGAACAGAGUGAAUAGAAAACAUCACAUAUAGAAAAAAGAACCUUACUGAGAUAAAAUAAAAAAUCUUAGGCUGCAUGUCAAGACCUUUAGCUAGAUCUGGCCAGAGCUCUUCAUUUACAUCACAGGCAACAUCCUCAUCAACUCUACAGCGUGGGAAGAAACUCCUUCUGUGCCACGUGCCUCUUCCAUUGCCUGCUGAACAGGCAUCCGCAUAUAGGGCUGCCAAUCACACACCCUCCAUCACCACACCAGAAAAACCUCUUCAGUAGGAUAGAGAAAUGAAGAGAAGGGAUGAAGAGAUUUUAUAAGAAAUUGUGAGACCAUUUUAGGACCAGGGCUGCUGGAAGCUGACAUUGUUCCAAACUAUUUGUGCAGCUCUGCGUAUACGAGUGUUGUGCAGUCUGUCUGAAAAUGCAAGUAUGUAGGCUGUGUUGUACGUAGUCUAAAGAUGGGAUGUUGGAGGAAGAGACCAUUCUGUGUGAUGGCGAUAUGCAUUGUAAUCUUGCCACCAUGUUGGCCAGGAACAUCAACAAUGGCUUUGUGACCAGUGAUGUUCCUUCCCCUGCUCCUGGUCUUUGUAAAGUUGAAGCUAGCUUCAUCAAUGAAAGUAAACUCCCAAUAGAGUCCAUUCCCACCAAAUAAAUGAAAAAUCACAACACAAAAACAAGAAAAUAAAAAUAUCACUACAAUAUAUUAUUGCAUCAUUCUGAAAAAUUUGUGAACUGUUUUGCAUGUUGUCACACCCAGCCCUGCAUUCCUCAUGUGUGCCACGCUCCUAAUUACCCAUGUGUGGAAUCUGUGCUUCUCUCAAGCUGUUUUGUGUUUCUUAAUUAGUUUCUUAGUAUUUAAGUCCGUGUCCUACCUUUACUUGCCAGACUUAUCAUUAAUGUUAGUUUAUGUCUUGAGCUUAGUUUUCCCUGUCAUUCCCUGGUCUGCUCCCUUUUGUUGUUUUAAACCCCAUUAAAACCCCUUACUUUGCUGAUCCUCGUCUCCUCCCUGGACAUGAACGUGACACAUGUGGUACGUGGUUUAUAUGAUGACGCAUAUAUUGUCAUGGGUUUAAAAUGAUGACAAUUGCAUAUAGUGAUAUGCAUAUUAAAACAUUUGAAAUUCGUUGGAAGCAAAGAGAAGUUAUGUUCUGUUACACGCAAGUGUCUUCAUUGUGUAGGGCUUACCUUCAUUGCUUUGCAAAUGUUAAUAGUCAUUUGAGAAACGUGCCAAAGCAACUGAGAAACUAUAUAAAAAAUUUUUAAAAAACUUGCCUUUUGUGUAAGUUUAUUUUACUUUGUAAUGUUUAUUUGACAUUGUAGUUCUUGAUAUGUGUUGAUCUUGAGUUUUAUGCAAUAAAAAGGAAAACAAAAAUUCA